AAACAGCUGAAUUCAGUCUUUAUUAAUUUUCCAAUAUGGCUGCACGUAUUCAUUUCUAAAGAAAUCUCGAAAACGUAGUGCUUUUUAUUUACAGACACAAAUUUCUUCUUUUUAAAGUAAAUUAUAUAUUUCAACCUAAUUAAAACUAAAUUUUAAGCAAAAAUUCCAAAAAAUGGAUUUCGGUACUCUACUGCAUAUGGCCAAGAAAAACAGCGAGGACAACAAAAAUGAUGGCAAAUAUUACAGUACCAAAUUCGCUCCCCCGAAAAAGGAGUCUAAAGAAAAGAAGCUAUCCGAUAAUAUACAAAAGUUCUUGCAAAAGAAAGAACAGGAGGAGAAGAGAAAACAACAAGAACAAAAGGAAAAACUUAAUCAAUUAUUAUCGAUGAGAGAUGAAAAAUCUAAAAAUAAAAUCCGUAAAAUGUUGAAAGUCACAAAAUCGGCUAAUCGUUCGGUAUUGGAGGAUGCAGUCAAUACCGAACAUACAGCGGUUACAAUGCAGGGUCCUGAUCAACCGGAUCAGGAUGAUUAUGGUUAUGUUUCCACAGAGGCCAAUUCAUUUUAUCAAAAAUAUAUAGAUAAGGUUAAAGAUGUAAAGGAAGAUAAGGGUUUCACACCUAGUCGACCACAGUCACUCAAAGAUCUCACCGGUACGAAAGAGCGUGUAAAAGCUGCUAUAACACGAGAAAUAGAAGAGAAAAAUAGUCAUACUCGUCAACGAGUUAGUCACGUCAAGGAAACCACUGCAAGUGGACUAAAUGUUGCGCGUACAUAUAAUACAUCAUCCAAACCGAUUUACGAUCCCGAAGCAGAAAAGCGUCAGGAAGAGGAGGAACGCAGAAAACGUGAAGCGGAGAAAAAGAAAUUAAAAAAUCGUAAACCACCACCACCACCCAUGGAUUUUCAAGCUUUACUGAAAUUGGCCGAGAAAAAACAACAUGAACCUGUUGAACUGCUGGUAGAGGUAAAAAAGAAAAAAGAUCCCGAGAGACUAAUGACAAUGAAGGAGAAACAAGAAAUGGAAGAACGUCAAAGGGCCAAAGAGGCCAAAGAACGUAGGGAACGAGAGCGUAAUGAAGAACUUGUUAAAGGCAAAAGACCUGACAAGGAAAAGGCAUCAUCGUCCUCCUCUUCAUCGUCGACACAACGCAUGGAACCUAAUGGUAGAAUACCAAAAUUAAAUCAAGCAAGUAGUGCUAGUAGUAGUGCAAGUAAAACAUCUAGUUCAUCAGACAAAAAGUCAUCAUCAUCCAGUUCGUUGGAUAAAAAAUCCUCUUCUGCCAAUUUUGCAAAACCUUCAACAAAUGGCUCAUCGACAUCAAAUGGUAAAAGUUCUUCAUCAUCAUCAUCAUCGUCACAAUCAUCAAGUGCUAAAUCUAGUAGUAAGUUAAGUGCCUCCUCCUCUUCCUCAUCUAGCAGUAAAUCCUCAUCGUUAAGUAGCAGCAGUGCCAGUAGCUCAGCAACCAGUAAAAAUCCCUAUAGCAAUAGCAGUUCUAGUAAACAAUCUUAUAAUGGUCCUACUAGAGAAUUUCCUCCACGUGAUAUUAAUACAGUUAAAUCAAGAGAAUUUCCUCCACGUGAUAUCAAAACAGUUAAAUCAAGAGAAUUUCCACCGCGUGAUGUGCAAAAAACUAGACAAUUUCCACCAGCAGAUGUUAGACGGGGUCCGGGACCUUCUUCCAACAAAUAUGGUGAUAGUAAAAAAUCGGCUGCUUCUAAAAGACGUAUUUUGGAUGAUGAUGAUUCAGAAUAUGAUUCCGAAUUAGAUGAUUUCAUUGAUGACGGUGAUGAGGAAGAGGAUUAUUCUUCUCAUAUAAAAGCUAUUUUCGGUUAUGAUAAAUCAAAAUAUCGGGACGAAGAUUUUGAUGAUCGUGAUAUGGAAUCUAAUUUCGCACAAGUACAGAGAGAAGAAUAUAUUAGUAAAAAGAUAGGUAUCCAGGAAGAUUUAGAAGAUAUGAAACUGGAGGCUAUGGAAAAGAAACGCAAAAUGAUGAUGAAAAAACGUCGCCUAAACUAAUAAAAAAUCCCAUUUUCUUUUAUUUCUUUUAGUAUACUAAAUAGAUUUCUUUCUGAUUUCUGUAUUAUUUACGGAAUUUAUCUUAUUGCCAAGGCUUUCUCUCAAUUUAUGCAUAAAAUACUUUUUAUUAAUUAUUUAAUUUAAUAAUAAUAUAUACAAUGUUA